AAGUAGCAAAUUAGAUAAUUUAAUAGAAAUUAGUAGACCUAUUACACCUACAAAUUUAACAGAAAGCACUAUAAAUUUAAUGGAAAUUAGUAGACCUAUUAUAUUUACAAAUUUAACAAAAAGCACUAUAAAUUUAAUGGAAACUAAUAGACCUAUUACACCUGCAAAUUUAACAAAAAGCACUAUAAAUUUAAUGAAAAUUAAUAAUUUAAUUGAUAUUAGUA